GUGCAGGAAGGAUUGGUUUCAAUAUUAAAUGGAAUGACUUAUUCGGAUUUGAACCAAGGACUCCUAACUCCAUGACUUUUUCUGUGUCACCUGGUGCUGUUGGUACCACACCCCUAUGCCACACGCGUGCGAAGAAGAGCGAAGGACGGACGGGCACAUCGCAAGCGCAGAAAAACUCCCGGAACUUGACGUCACAACCUUGGCAGACGACCGGCCGCCAGCAGUGCGCUCUGCGUCCUCCAGAGCGAACUACAGGCAGUGUCCUCGGCCGUCACCUGGGACACGCGAGACUCGCACGCGACCGCAGGAGGCGCGUUCCGACGAUGAGGCUCCUGCUGGCGCUCCUGGUGGCGACGGUGCUGCUGCAGCAGGCCGCGGUGGUCGUCGCCGACAUCUACACGCAGUACUGCCACGGCCACCGGCGGUGCAGCCUGUACUACGAGUGCAACGGCUUCGUGUGCGUGCGCAAGUUCCCCUGGAGGCUGCGACGCUGAGAGCGAAAGGACUUCAAGAAAAUGCUGCAAAAUGGAGGAUCCAUUACUAUCUGUAAGGAGAAAAAAACAAACUAUUGUUUCCCGAUAAAGUUUAAAGAAAUAGCUUUGUUUUUAUUUUUUCCCUUAUACUUAGAACAACUUUCCAACCGAUACAAUCGAAAAAAAGAAGGCAAUAAUGUAGCGUCUAGACUAAUGGUAAAAUUAUAUCUAUGGCAUCUUUUGAGUUCCGAAUUUUAAAUAACUAUCAUUACGGCAGAAUAAAAUCAAAGUCUUAGAGGGUAGUUAUUUGCUGUGCUUCCCGUUUAUAAAGUUAAACUUAUUUGCUAAGAGGGUAACAAUUUUCGACCGUUGCAAAAAUUUCGAUCGCAUGAGGGUAAAUAGCUAGUUAUGUGGUGGGGGAGCUGGGGGAGGAGGGGAAUAGUUCAGUACGUGGUUGGGAGAACUGAUAAAGGAGGCGGUAGGGAAAUGUAGAAAUGACACAGCAUACUUGCGCACUUGCACUCAUGCUCUCUUGCACUCUUACUCUCUAGCACUCUUGCUCUCUUGCUCACUUUCAUUUGCGCGGUUGUUUAUUGGGGAUGGACGUCACGCUAUCCCCACUCCGGGGCCGUUGGCGCGGGCGGUGAUCGCUGGAGCAGCCUUGAGCGGGCUCCACGUGGCGGCGUGCGGCUCAGGGUGGACCCCGCCAUGCUGCAGAGACAGGCGGGUCACGGCGACAUUUGGAAGCUUGGGCUGUUCUGUGACUGGAGAUGAAGAUGAAGCUUGCAACUGUACAGAAACUAUCGAAGAUGAAAAUAUUAGUCAACAAGUAGUGUCUGUCAAUGAACCAAAAAUAUCGCAAGACGAAAUAGUAGGGAAUUCGCAGAUAACGCUAAAACCUUGAAAACAUUUCUCCUAGUCCUAUUCAUACAAUCACUCCUUAUCCUCUCCACACCUUCUUCAUCAUCCAAAUCUGAUAGCUAUCCCACACUAAAGAAUCAACACCCUAAAAGAAAGCGUUCCAUUGACUCGUCAAUUCAAAACACGGUCAAAAUUAUAGAAUAUAAUAGUCGCCUUCGCUGGCAGAAUCUUUCCACGUCCCCUGUACCUACCAAAAGCGUAAGUUAUCCACAUGAUGAGACAGAUAUGUAUUUCUUAAGUUUGGCUUUGACUGUUAAACAAUUGAGUCGUGAGGAACAGGCUAGAGCAUAAAUGGAAAUUGGUAAUGUUGUAUUUCAGGCGGAAUUGCGUGAUAUACAACGUUCCAUAACAAGCACUAGUCCCCAAACUUAUUUCACUCCUGUUUAAAACCAUAUUUUCUUACAGAAAAUCUAGAUGAUGUCUCUUUCUGAACAUGACAUUGUUCCCAAUACCUUUCCUAGAGCAGAGAACUACAGUUCAGAAUAAGGUAUAGCUCAGACGGACAUGAAUUAUUUAAUUAAAAACAAGUGUAAGUGUAAAAAUUGUGUCACUUUGUGUCUUAACAUAUUACAAUUUUCAAUAAAUAAUUUUUUAACUAA